GGUUAUCAUGGCGAAGCAGAAGCUUAAGCCGGUGUUAAAUCUAUUGUUAAUAGUCAUGUCAGCAAGUGCUUUUGUUGACAGUGAUCCACAGGAAUCGAUUAAUCUGUGUACGAAUAUAGAAGUUGACUACGAAAAUUACACCGAUUCUAGAACCCAACUUUGUGGAUGCGAACAGAUGCAUUCCUGUGUAAGGAAAUGUUGCCAGUCAGGAUUCCACCACUUUCACAACGAAAGUCCUGAGCAUGGAUUCUCCGUUAGCAGAUGUCAUCGCGUUAGAACAAAUUCUACUAACUUCACUGUACCCAUUUACGAUGGUUUUAAGCAGGUGUAUCUUGAGCAUAAAUUUAUGGUGGGAAUGUUGGACUGUAAGAAUAAGGAAUACCAGUAUUUCAAGAUGAGUAAUGUAGAUUCAAGGCAAAAAUUUUAUAUACAGAAGAAUGGAAGUUUGUACUAUCCUUUUUACAACAGGAUGUACAGCAACGACAGGUACUGCAUUGAUGAAAAAGACGGGUUAACUGCUUAUUUGUGUUUCUUGCCGAGGGGUCCUGUCGCACACUCGGAAAGGAUGAUUUACGUUUUAGCUAAACUGGCUCCGUUGCCGUUCCUACUAAUAACCUUCAUUGUAUACGCCGUACUUCCCGAGCCAACUUUACAUGGAAGAGCCCUAAUGCGGCAUAUAUUGUCUUUAAGUAUUGCCAAUGUCUUUGUGGCCAUAUCGCAGUAUUACAAGCUAUACAACAACCCUUUGUGUCAAAUAUUAGGGUAUGAGAUAGUAUUUUUCAUGCUUGCGUCAUUCUUCUGGAUGAAUGUUAUGUGUACAGAUAUCUGGCUAGCUUUUAGCGUUUUACGAGGACAAAUAAAUCUGGAAAAGAGGCUCUUCUUUCUAUGCAACAUCUAUGCUUGGGGAAUACCCUUCACCAUUGUAUUGGUCGUCUUUCUGAUAAACACUUAUGGAGACAAAAAUUCUGUUUUGUAUCCUGCAGUGGGCAUUGAUUUCUGUUUUAUAAAUGGUCACUUUCCAAUAUUGUUCUACUACUUUGGACCAGUAUUGCUUCUGGUGAUAAUAAAUACAGUUCUAUUCAUACUGACUGCAAUUAAUAUUCAAAAUGUUAAAAGAGAGACUUCAUUGUUACAACAGGCUGACAGCAGGCGACAUGCAUCUAGUCAGGACAACAGAAAGAAAUUUACUUUGUACUGGAAGCUGCUUUUUGCCAUGGGUAUUAACCCAGUAAUUAACAUACACGUGAUUCAAACGAUAUCCUGGUCAGCCGGAUUGAAAUUAGAAUAUGACACAGCUAGGUACAUUUUCUAUAUCAAGGAUUUAGCACACACAUUGUACGGAAUAUUUAUUUUCAUGACGUACACCUGCAAGAGGAGUAUCAGGAAAGAUCUAAAGAAAAGAUAUUUUUUAUUAAUCGGGAGGCCUAUUCUGUCCAAUUCUAUACCACAAACGGCUCUAUCAAGUUUAUCCAUCAGUGAGGGAACUAAUGGAAAUAAUUCAAACACAAAAGACAAAAAAGACGAAGUAGUCUAAAAAAUUCUAUUUGAUAUGUAACUUUGUUAAUAUAACAUAAAUUACUUUACUUUAGUAUUUAAAGGUAUUCUACUUUAAGUUUAAAUAGUAGUCAAAAUAAUGCCAAAUGAUCGUUGUCUGUGAUGUACAUAAUAAAUUAAAUAAUAGUUUUAGAGGUUAGGAAACAUAUUUAAUAAAAACAGGAAAAAAUAUAAAUUAAUUAAUUAUAAUCUCACUGCAAAAAUUUCUCCGAAACGUAAUGUAUUUUCUCUGUUAACAAAAGAGGCAAAAAAUACAUAAAUUUGAAAA